CAGGGCCCUCAGCCCGAGCAGUUGCCUGUUGAGAUGUCUGCCUGUCCCUUCUAGGGCUUCCUGGACCCCUCUCUGGAUCCCAGCCGCAAGGCCACCCCCCCCCCCACCAACUUCCCACACGGCGCUGGGGGUGGGGGUGGGGCCUGCGCCAGAAGGUCACCGCAAAAGCUUGGCAAGAAGUGUUCUUAGUUCUCCUGAUUGGAGGCGUUGCCUGCUGCCCGGCCCUCCGCCCUCACCUGCGGAUUAGGCCCCGCCUGCCUGCGGCGUCUCCAGGUGAGUCAAGCGGCAGCUCCGGCACCCACCUGUCCAGGUUCUGCCCGCCCCAGCCGGAAGCUUCCUCCUUGGACUGUGCACAGUUCCUGCAGGUGCUUUCCUAGCCUGGAUACUCCUCCGCAGUACUCCUCUGAUUCAGGUGCUCCACCUGCACAUUAUCUCCAGUCCUAGGCGUCCCUCUGACAGGGGCUUGCAGAGCCGGACCCCACGGUGUUCCCUUACAAAUAGCCAAUUUCCAGGACUCUGGCCUCCAGGGCUGCCUGGCAUCUGGGGGUUUCUGUGGCGCUCAGGCUCUUCUGGCAGAAGCCGAGGCUCACCGGUGUCUUCAGGCCCCUCCAUGAGUGAGGCAAACCAAACCACCGUGGGGCCGGGGCCCUCAGAGCUCCCAGCAGCGUCAGCUGUGUCCCCUGGACCGGGCACUGGGGCCCGGGCAUGGCCUGCGCUGGUAGGGGUCAUGCUGGGGGCUGUGGUCCUCUCCCUCCUCAUUGCUCUUGCUGCCAAAUGCCACCUCUGUCGCAAGUACCGGGCCAGCUACCGGCACCGCCCGCUGCCCAGGACGGCCAAGGUGGUCUGCCCGGAGGUGGGUGACGAGGACGAUGACGGCUUCAUCGAGGACAAUUACAUUCAGCCUGGCGCUGGCGGGCUGGGGACUGAGGGUAGCAGGGACAACUUUUCCUUCUGAGCCCCAGUCUUUAGACCCCCUCCACCCCCCGCCCAUACCUGACAACUUAAGGAUAGUGGAUACUACAGAGGGGCCCCAAGCCUCAGGGAGAGAGGGAUCUAGGGCUUCAGGGCUAACCAGGGGUAGAGCAACCCUCCCUUCCCUGACGCUAGGUACUAAAGGGACAAACCCUCUCUCGCUCGCUUGGUAACCCUCAAUGGCUCCCUGCUGUUCUCAGGACAACUACCAAGGGCCUGGCUAGGGGAAUAAGGCCUCUUUCAGCCUCUUGGUUCACUUUCCCAACCUCACUCCCUACUAAACGAAUUAUUUGUUAUUCCUCUUCUCCCACAUGGUGUUUCUCCAUGCCCUUUUUGCUCACACUCUCAACCCGGCCUACACUGCCCUUCUGUUCUCUCAAAUCCUCUGUCCCCCGGUGGUGGGGGAGGGGACUCACUUGGUCGAGCGGCUGGCUCUUGAUUUCUGCUCAGGUC